CUUUCUCGCUUAUGCUGCCAUCUCACUCAGUAUCUAGAGAAACGUUUUGGUCGCUCUACACGGCUCUUAGGCUCAAUCAUAUACACAGUAAACAUGUAACUGGUCUGGGCAUAUGGUGGGCGAUAAUCACCACGGGCAUUGUGUGUACAUUUUACAGUACAGUAGGUGGCAUAAAGGCUGUUGUGGGCACAGAUGUGUUUCAAACGUCGGUAAUGUUUGCAAUGAUGAUAGCAGUGGUGGCCAAAGGGGUAUACGAUUUGGGCGGACCGCAGGCCGUGUGGGACAUAAACACCCGCUACGAUCGUACCGAGAUGUUUAAUUUUAAUCCGGAUCCGUUUGUGCGGCACACGUUCUGGUCAGUUCUGAUUGGCCAACUGUUCUACUGGGGCAACAUCUACUCCACCAAUCAGGCUCUGGUACAGCGCUGUAUAGCGCUGCCCACCCUUAGAAAAGCCCAGAUAGCUUUGUUAAUCGUAUGGCCGCUGAAGACCAUGAUCGUAUUUUUGUGUUUGGCCGGUGGGGCCAUAGUGUUUGCCCGGUAUAACCAGUGCGACCCGAUGUCUGUUAAACGAAUCCAACGGCCGGACCAACUGUUGCCGCUGUAUGUGAUAGAGAUGUUCGCCGAUAUACCGGGUUUUGUUGGUUUAUUCAUCGCCGGUGUGUUUAGCGGAUCGCUCAGCACAAUCUCAUCGGGUGUGAACUCACUUGCGGCGGUCACUCUACAAGACUAUAUACGGCCACUACUGCCGGACGGCAAACUGUCCGACUCGGUCGCCACACUAUACGUGAAAUUGGUGUCCGUAUUCUACGGUCUACUCUCGAUAUUACUAGUAUUAGUAGCCCAGCGAAUGGGUAACAUAAUACAGGCUACCAUAGCUUUGUUCGGGCUGUUAGGGUCGCCAGUGUUUGGCCUGUUCACCCUGGGCAUGUUUGUGCCCGCGGCCAACUCUAAGGGUGCAUUUUGGGGCACUUUAAUUGGUAUUGGUUGUUCGUUGUGGGUAGGAAUGGGCGCCAUGAUAUACCGGCCGUAUAUACCGCAAAAGCCCGUAUCGGUGGCCAGUUGUGUGGCUUUGUAUGAAAACGUUACGCAUAGUACGUAUAGCCCGGAGCUGUUUGGACAGCCAUCCGAUGAGGAUUUACAUAAAAAUUUUUUUUAUUGUAGAAUGUUUUUACUAAAAACCGGUUAUCUCAUAUCCCUCAUCACCGGUACUAAUAUAACUAAUACCAAAAACUUUCAUUCAUACCCGUAUAACUCGCCUAUAGGUCGGACAUCAAUCGCUGAUUUGGACGCAACACUAUUCACGCCAUUAGUCCGGCGCCGGAUAGAGAGGUUACAGAGGGUUCGUAUCGAGGAUUAUAUACUAAAGGCCGGCUCAAAAAAGGCUAAGAAAGUGAUAGCCCGAGCGCUGGCGCCCAAUGGCGACGGCCAGUCACCGACUGCUAAACAUCAGGCGGAUUUAGUGAUGAAAAACUUUAAGCUCAAUUCAAAUAACGCUAAUUUGAACCCAACCAUGGUAGAUUUGCGAGUUAGGCUUUAUAUAGGGACAGAAUGGGGUGACAAUAGGGUCAAUUUGGGUCACAUUUGGCUAUUUUUGUGGGGCAUUAUAUUCUGGAGAAGUAAAUUCAGAAGUAAAUUCAGAAGUAAAUUCAGAGUAAUCUAUAGAAUUCGUUUGGACAUCGACCGAAAUUUUAGGUUCCAAAAAAUGACUAUGCCUAUCAUG